AUGGCCGGUGAAUGUAAUCCUUUUUCACUUGAUGAGGUUCCUACAAUUGUAUUUUACGGGAAAGGCAAAACUGAAGUUGAUGUGACCCUUUUUCAAGCAGAAGAAGCAUCAGCUGCCCUGAAUGAUGACUGUUCUGAUAAAGAAGAUGAUGGAGAUAAAGAUUAUGAAGAGACUAAUAUGUCAACAUCAGAUGAGGCUGAAGUAGCAUUAGAAAAAGGAGAAAUUCGUCAAAAGACUAAAAAAGAGGAAAAAACAAAAAACUAUCUGGAAGACUGGAAAUGUUGUACAUCCAAAUGGUAUUUUCGAUCGAUCAAGUGA